AAUGAUGCUUGAAGAAAAAAAUAUGUCUGUCUUUCUCUUUCCCAUCCUUAGCUCAAUUCUUGUAGCCAUUUCAACUGUUGCUUAUGGUCAUGGCCAUGAUUGCAAGAAGUCUUGUGGCAUCGGCGAGCAGAUGAAGUGGGUUCCAUAUCCAUUUGGGUUCUCAAGUGAUUGCAUAGUUCAAUUAAAUUGUACUCAAGAAACAGGAGAAAUCAAAAUUGGUGAAUUUCAAAUCCAGAACAUAACCCCAGAUAGUAUUUUCACUCAUCUUCCUGCAAAUUGUAGUCGUUCACUUGAUUCAAUUAGACCUUUAUUUGGUCAACACUAUGCACCAACGUGUAAAAAUGGGUUGCUUUUGCAAAACUGUACCAAGUCUUUAGAUAGCUGUGUCAUACCCACAAAUAAUUUUGUAAACCAGUUGCAUAUACCCAAUUGUAAUUCAAAGAGUGAUAAUAUAAGCUGCUAUUCCGGGGAUAAUUCAGGAACGGAUGUUUUGAGUUAUGACCAUUUGAGUUUGACUCAGUGUAAGUUCUUAUUCUCUUCGUUUUCUGUUGGGUCUGAUAGCCCUUCUGUUUCGCUUGAAUUCCAGCAGUUGGAGUUGGAUUGGUGGCUUGAAGGGAGCUGUGAAGUUGAUCAGAUUCAAUGCUCGAAAAAGGCAAAUUGCACGGAUGUUAGACUUGGCGAUGGGAAGGCAGGUUUCCGGUGUCGGUGUCUGGAAGGGUUCACCGGAGAUGGUUUCGAAAAUGGAGACGGUUGCCAGAGUGGAAUGGUGCCAACUGAAGGGGCAUUUAAGAAUUCGAGUGCUACUAAGCUCUGUGGUGGUAUGCUCAGCAAAUCAGGAAGGAGGAGAUUGCUUGUUACUAUUACUUGUUCUGUUGCUGGGUUUCUCUUGGCAGUUUUGGUGGUUGCCCUGCUGUAUUUUGUAAGGUUACGAAAGCCAACUCGUUCAUGUACUUCCUCAUCAUAUCCAAAUUCACUUUUGCAAGCCUCAUAUCAAGAUCUCCGUGAUGCCACAGAUGGUUUCUCCUCUUCAAAACUUAUUGGUGCCGGUAGCUUUGGAUCUGUAUACAAAGGAAUUCUUCGAGAAACAGGAGCAGUUAUUGCAGUUAAGGUUAUUAAUCUCCAGCGAUAUAAAGCUGCUAAGAGCUUCAUGGCCGAAUGCGAAGCCUUGAGAAAUAUUAGACAUCGAAAUCUUGUAAAGGUGUUAACUGUAUGUUCAAGCAUCGAUCCUCAAGGAAAUGAGUUCAAGGGCCUAGUUUAUGAAUUCAUGGGUAAUGGGAACCUAGAAGAGUGGUUGCAUCCUCUUCCUAGAGUCGACGACACGCCGAACAAGUUAAAUCUUCUUCAAAGGCUAAAUAUUGCUAUAGAUAUUGCUUUGGCCCUUGAAUAUCUGCAUCACCAUUGCGAAACUCCAAUAGUUCACUGUGACUUGAAGCCAAGUAAUGUUCUUCUCAAUGAUGAACUAGUUGGGCAUAUCAGUGACUUCGGGAUAGCAAAAUUCAUUUCAGAGGGUAGUCACGAUUAUAUUAGCAGUCAUCCAUCGAGUACUAUUGGAUUAAGAGGAACUAUUGGUUAUAUGCCUCCAGAAUAUGGGCUAGGAGGUGAGGUGUCAAAACAAGGCGAUGUGUACAGCUAUGGGGUUCUCUUGUUGGAGAUGUUUACGGGGAAGAGACCUACUCACGAUAUGUUCAAAGACGGAUUGAGUCUUCACGAAUUUGCAAAGUCAGCUUUCCCAGAUAGAGUGGUUGAUAUUUCAGAUCCAAUUCUUUUACAUGAAUUAAGGAGAAGAACAAAUAAUUCUCCAAGUCCAAGUAGCAUGCAAAACGACAGAAUUACAGAAUGCUUGAUUUCCGUAAUCGGAAUUGGUGUUGCGUCUUCUGUUGAAGCACCGGGAGAGCGUAUGAACAUCAAAGACAUUACCAUGAAGCUCUAUUCUAUUAGAAAUAAGCUUCUUGCUACUUGUCGAACCUGAUGAUCGACUUCUUGUCCAAGAUGACUGAACUAAAAGCAAGCAGGUAUUCACGUUGUACCCAUCCAUGUCAGAAUGAGCAUACCUUCUUCAUCAAGUCCGAUACUAAAAUUUCUUUCUUCUGGUUUAGGUGCGUAAAAUCAAUGACUUGUCAAAGAUGCCAAUGGGAAACAUCGAACAAAAAAAUGGCGAAACAAUAUUUUUAUAAGAAUGUCAUAUAUAUAUAGAAUUUGGAGUUCAAAAAAGUUUAUGAAAAUAGAAGUAAAGUGUCAAAAUGUAGGACUCAAUAAGUGGAACUGUGUUAUUUCAUCGUCUUCGGUUGUUGUCUAUUUCAACUUGUAGUGAUUUUACGUGGGCGAAGUUGGCCAAGCUCCUAUACGGAAAAUCUUGAGGAAAUGAGUUCAAGGUUUCGCCGAAAUGUAGAACUUGAAAAAAUUCCAUGCCACAUAGUUUAAGCUGUUGAGGAAUUUUGCAAUGUUACAAAAUGCUUGAAUUUUGACA